UAUAAACGGCGACUUGGUAGCUGCUGUGGUUCAGUUUAGUGGUGAAGCACCACUCUGCAGCAGGCAAAACUUGCGAGAUGAAAAUCCAGGUUUUAACGGCCCUGGUGGCGUUGGCCGCGUUGGCUCGGUGUUCUGAUGAGUCAAUUAAGGAAACAUCGGAGGCUGAAAAAAGGUCCGUAAAGUCGGAAGAGAGCGCGGAGGGUUCGGGGAGUGAUAAAAAGACGGAGAAACGGGGUCUGCACGGUAGCUACGGAAGCUACGGAGGAGGAGGCUACGGCGACUUCGGGGGCGGCGGCGGCGGCGGCGGCGGCGGUGGUGGUUACUUGUCGGGAGGAAACGGCUACGACCACCAGGAGCACGUGAAGACGAUAACGGUAGUGAAGAAGGUGCACGUGCCCUACGAGGUGGCCAAGCACGUGCCCUACACGGUGGAGAAGCACGUACCUUACGAGGUGAAGGUUGGAGUACCGCAGCCCUACACCGUCGAGAAACACGUACCGUACCCGGUGAAGGUGUUCGUCAAGGUGCCGGUGCAUGUGCCGCAGCCCUACACCGUCGAGAAGAAGAUCCCUUACGAGGUCAAGGUUCCCGUCGACAAGCCCUACGAGGUCAAGGUCUACGUGCCGCAGCCCUACACCGUCGAGAAGCACGUCCCGGUCCCCGUUAAGGUCGGCGUUCCGCAGCCCUACACCGUCGAGAAGCGCGUUCCCUACCCAGUCAAGGUCAAGAUCCCGGUACCGCAGCCCUAUCCGGUCGAGAAGCCCGUGCCCUACGAAGUCAAGGUCCCGGUCGACAGGCCCUACCACGUCCACGUGCCCAAACCCUACCCGGUGACAGUCGAGAAGCCCUAUCCGGUCGCCGUCGAGAAGCCGGUGCCCUACGAGGUCAAGGUCCCCGUCGACAGGCCCUACCAUGUCCACGUCGCGAAGCCCUAUCCCGUCCACGUCAAGGUCCCAGUACCCCAGCCUUACCACGUGACCAAGCACGUUCCCUACACCGUUGACAAGCCUUAUCCCGUGCACGUCAAGGUCCCCGUCGACAGGCCCUACAUCGUUGAGAAGGAGGUGCCCUAUCCCGUCGAGAAGGAGGUCCCGGUACCCGUUAAGGUUCACGUUCCCGUCCACGUCAAGCAUGAGGAUCACUCAGGUUCUCAUGGAUUCGGGGGCGGCGAUUAUUCGGCGUCUUAUGGGGGCGGGCACGCCGAUGGUGGUGCGGGUGGAGGCGAGGAUUACGGCAGCUACGGCGGUUACGACAGCUCUUCGUACUCGCAUCACUGAUUCGCGAAUUGUGGAAUAUAAGGGUAUGUCUUCGAGGCUACAACGUCGUGAUUCAAUUUGAUCUUAACUUUUUUUCUUA